AGUAUUUCCGACAACGCAUAAUAACAGACGUACAUCGGGAAAAAAACACUGUAAAAUAAAGUCGUCAUUAAAAAAUAACAUUGUUUUAAUUUGUGUUAAAUUUAAUUUAGAAAGUGUGAAAAUAAAUACUUACAUUGUGAAUAAACACAGAUAAUGGCGAAAGAACAAAGAUUUCCAUUCACUAUUCAAAAUGUCACUGAAGAGGAGGACGCGGUUAUUAAACAAUACUACAAAGGAUACAAUCGUCCUUUUGUUCGGAUUGGUCCCCACGGCUACCUCUGGCCGGCCGGCUAUGGCGACCAUGCCGCUGAUAUAUACAAUCUAGAAGUACGACCUGACGACAUUUGGGUGACUAGCUAUUCUAGAUCAGGCACAACGUGGCUUCAAGAACUAGUAUGGCUUGUGCAAAACAAUUUAGAUUUCGAGACUGCAUCAUCCGUUUCUGUAUCCACAAGAUACGCUUUUAUUGAGUAUCCUACACUGGCAUCUGAAGUUAGAAAACCUACACCAAAUCCUAUUAUGAAAGGUCAAAGUGCUACCGAUGAGGAUUAUACGACAUUUCCAAGUUUACCUUCACCACGUUAUGUGAAAUCCCAUUCACCGUUAUCACUUCUACCAUCGAACUUGCUGGAAACAGCCAAAGUGUUUCAUAUUGCCAGAGAUCCAAGAGAUGUUGUCGUCUCUUACCACUUUAUGCACAUAAUGUUCCGAUACUUCGACCAGAGCGUCCAGGUCAGGGAGUUUUGGAAUUUAUUCAAGAGGAACUUAAUUCUACAUGCGCCAUUGGAGGAACAAGUAAGGGAAGCCUGGGAACUGCGAGAUCAUCCUAACAUGAUGUUCCUUAUGUAUGAAGAAAUGAAACAAGAUCUGCCGGGUGUCAUUGAUAGAGUUUGCAAAUUCCUGGGCAAAGAAUACACAAGAGAACAGAAAGACAAACUAAAUGAAUAUCUACAGUUCGAUAAUAUGAAGAAAAAGUCACCAUCUGGAGACGAGAAAAAAAAUUCCGAACUGACAUUUAUGCGCAAAGGGAAAUCAGGCGGCUGGGUUCAAUACUUCGACGAUGAAAUGAAGAAAGAAGCUGAGGAAUAUAUGAAUAAAUAUCACAUGUGCACCAAAUUACAAUUCCCAGACGUGAACAGUUGAUUAAAUUGUAAAUACGUAAAUUACCUAAUACAAGUUUAAGAAGAAAACAA